GACGGGUACGAAUAGUUCAGUUUAAAAGAUCAUUUGUUUUUCGUUUAGCUGGGCAUUUACGCACUGCAGUUUUAGCUGGAUACAAUUUAGGUACCCUAUCUAAGGAUCACAUCAGGAACACAAUGCCACCAUGGGCAAAAGUCAUACAUCAGACAUGUUCAAACGCCUGUGGAAACGCAGCGAUUUUAUCAAUUGGGAUAAUUUUUCCGCUGAAGUAAUCAGGGAAACUAGUAGAUUUUAUUAAAGGAAAUAAUGUGGGGUUAGUGGCUCUUAAAGAAUCGAGAACCUAAAAAAACCGUACCCUAUCCCUACCCAUACGUACCUGUGUUGCCCAUAUAUGGGAGUACCCCCCCGGGAGCACUGGCCGGAUGUGACGGAGAAACUCGUACUCACAAAGAUUAGCAUGGCAUUUGCAAUUCACGCUACUAUAAACGGACUUGUACUGGUUUUUGUGGCAUUUGCCGCUUACGGAGAAUUUACAACCUUCUCUAUUGUCUCCGAAGAUGGGGGGAAAACAUUGAAAGUGGUACGCGUGGAAGAGAGCGUUUCGAUUUCACCUAUUUACUACGCAACAGCUCAGCUUACUGGCGAUAUUCAACAGACCGGAUGGGCGUUCUUCCAGGUAGCGACCAAUCAAGAAAUCGAAGACAAGUUCCAAGCAAGAGCCGCUGGAAUGCUGGAGGGCUCAAUGACAGCUCAUUUGAUUGACACGCAAUGGCAGAACACGCUAGCUGACUACUGCGCGGAGGAGCCCGACUUCUGCUUUACGCUCGGUCAAUUCCUGGGCGAGAAUUUAUCUUGGAUGAGAUAUCAGAUAAAAAAUAAUCCAGCGGAUGUAUACUGGCACCAGGUUGAACUUGUUCUUGAGCAACUGGAGGGUUUGAAAGAAGGAUACAGAAAUAACAGAACAAUGGCUAACAAAACUGUAAUUCCUGAUUUUGGAUUCCUCUUGAUGCAGGUAGAAGGCGAUUUGGAUGGCUUAGAACAGGCUCUUGGCAGAAAAACUCCGUCGAAAAUGUUUGGCUCGGGCUCAUGCUCCGCUCUUUUAAAGCUGUUGCCUGGUAACAAGGAUCUGCUGAUAUCACAUGACACGUGGGGUCCUUACAACAGCAUGCUGCGGUUAUUCAAGUUUUACAACUUACCUUUUCAUCUUCAGCCAGGCGCAGGUUACAAUCUGCCUACAAUUGUACCAGGAGACAAGCAAUGCUUUUCAUCGUAUCCAGGGCGUCUCUUGAGUGGGGAUGACUUCUAUAUGAUCAGCAGUGGACUGCUCGCUCAAGAGACCACCAUAGACAAUGACAACCCGGCCUUAUGGAAGUUCGUCCGACCUGUUGGAACAGUACUAGAAUGGCUCAGAAAUCUGGUGGCUAAUCGGUUGGCGACGACAGCGCGGGAAUGGGUCGAGAUAUUUUCUAAGUAUAACAGUGGAACCUACAACAAUCAGUGGAUGGUUGUGGAUUACAAUCUAUUUACUCCAAAUCAAAUUCUCGUUCCUGGUACAUUCUGGGUUCUUGAACAACUGCCAGGGACGGUAAAGAUGUCCGACAUGUCUGCACAUCUUCAGAAUGAGCGUUACUGGGCAAGCUACAACCUGCCAUUUUUUCCUGAGAUAUACAACAUGAGUGGCCAGCCCGAGAACGUGAAGAAAUACGGUCCUUGGUUUGAUUAUCACCAGAAUCCACGAGCUCAGAUCUUCAAACGGGACCAGGGCAAAGUUAACGACCUAAAUACUUUAAUAAAGUUAAUGAGAUACAACGACUACAAACACGACCCUCUGUCCAAAUGUUCCUGUACACCACCCUACAGUGCAGAGAACGCCAUAUCAGCUCGCUCAGAUCUCAAUCCUGCAAAUGGCUCUUAUCCUUUCAGUUUCUUGGGCCAUCGGAACCAUGGAGGAACGGACUGCAAAGUCACCAGCUCUGACCUGUUCAACAGUGCGCUGUCAUGUAUUGCAGUCAGCGGUCCUACGCAUGAUCAGCAGCCGGUAUUUAAGUGGAGUACAUCAGGUUGGAAAAGGCCCAUGGGACAUCCGGAUGCUUGGGACUUUGAUCCUAUAUUGGUGCAAUUUUCCCCAAUAUAAUACAAAAAGAAGUUGUCUUCAAUUCAAACAGAAUGAAUGAAUGAUUAUUAAACGGCCACCCUCGAGAAAAUUGAUAGUGGCCCCUCUUUAAAGGGGCUGGUCGCUUAAUAGAGGUAAAAACAAUAGAAAAACCCUCAUCGGGACUUUGAUUACUGGCCGCCUAAUAUUAAGAGUUGGCCGCUUAAUAGGGGUUCGACUGUAGUUGCUAUGGCCAUUAUGUAAAAUUAUGACCGGGUACCUUUGGUCACUUACGUGUAAGAUGCUCCUGUUCUAAGGCACCAAGAUUGGAGAGAGGAAAAAUUGACACAACAAAAUUAUAUAGAAAAAGUAUACUUUACCACAAACAUCUCAAGGUGAAAUUACACGGUUAUCAAAACAUUUAAGAAGUACACACGGAAGUAGAAAUAAUUCAUUGUGAUUCAUCAUGA